ACUAGUAGCUCUCGAGCAUUCGCGCGCGUCGGAACGUACGUACGAUCGAUUAUUUUCUCUCUCAUUUUCUCUUUUUUUUUUUUUUGUUUUACAUUCGCGACUUGCAACUUUGCUAGUAGCGGAAAUUAAACCGGUUGACUGAAACAAACCCGUUCCUGGAAAAUAAAAACCCGUUUGUCAACAUUGACGCAAUCGAAAAGGUGGCGAUGAUCGAUAGUGUCGCGGACCAGUGCACGAUGCAACCUACUGGAAGUUAGCACGUGUGGAAAAUUAUUUUUGCAGUUCGUGCACGCGCCAGCAUGCGCUCUGUCGUAUUCAUUACGCCAAGACGCGAGCAUUACAGUCACGAUUAUGUCGAGUCCCGCGAAGAAUCCGAAAGGACCAUCGCAAUCGUUCGUUAAAUAACGCGAGUCGCCGGACGGCGAGGAUUGGGUGAAAACGGCAGACUCCGAGAGCCUCUUGGAACGGAGUCGUCCGAGUCGAGACACCACGUCAGUGAAAAAACGAGGAGGAUAUCAGGCGCCACUUGAAUCUAGCAUCACCGAAGUGGCGGCCACACAAAGCUCCGAUAUGAAGGGAUCUAAGAGAGACUGGAUUUUUAGAGUCCAGGUGCCCAACCUGGAAAAAAAUGAAGUUGUUUAUGUGGUUGGAAAUCUGCCUGAAUUGGGUGCCUGGAAUCACAACCAGGCUAUCCUAAUGUCACAGGAGCAUAGCAGUCGCACAGAGUCCCCUGCAUUGUUUGACAAUAAUAGCAGUGGGGAUUUCUAUAAAGAUGAUGGGUGUGAAAGCAAUGCAACUGACAGCGUAUUUGUUGGCGAAGAAGAGGAUGGCCGAAUAUUCUCGCAAAAGGUUGCUCUUCCCGUCGACACUAAUAUCGAAUUCCGAUAUUUUGUAGCUGUCAUCUGUCAAUCAAAUGGCACUAAAAACUCAGCUAAAACUCUGAUUAUCCGCAGAUGGGAAACUCAUAUGACACCAAGAUUAAUUAGAAAAAAUAUACCAAGCAAUUUUGAUAAUGACACAUUACCAGAGCCUGAUAAAUUUGGCUAUCACAAUAAUUACUACAAAAUUGAACGAGGCUGGUUAACAGAUGAAACUGUGAUACAAUUUAAACUAUUCAACAAUCCUAUUAAACUCUGGAAGAAUCGGCUUCAAAAUAGAAAAGUUCAUAUUAAGAUGACACCUGUAAAUCUAGUUAGACACAAUUCCUUAGAAUUGCAACAGUUUGGGGGCGACUGUGUAGACGAUAGUCUUUCUAUGGAUACACAAGAUGUUGUUGAUCAACCUGCCUUUACGAGUAUUACGGAAAUCGCUGUGAUGAACGACGAAGAGGCUAAAUUCAAAUCGCAGGAGCAAUUCGGCCGUCCUUACAAUGAAGAUGAAUUUUUAAUUUUCAACGUUGCUGUUCGGUAUCCCGAAACAAUUGCAUACUUAGUGGACUACUAUGUGUACAGCUCAAGGUGUUUCCCAGGAGAACCACCAAAUCAUAUUGGUUUCAGCUAUAUCCUGCCUAGUACUUUACAAUCCAGUGUCGGACUUCUCACUGUACCAAUUACUAGUACAAAACACAGACCUAUUGGGCAAUUGACAGUGGAGUAUGUCGUCAUAAAACCAAUUCCGGACUACCCAUGGGACACAAGCAUUUCGUAUGCGAAACACUGGGAACAACGAUGGUCGGGCUUGGAUGUAGGACAUAGAGGACUUGGUACAUCUUUCAAGUUUGAAAUGAAGAACUGCGCUAACGUACGCGAGAAUACAAUCGCGUCUCUGAAGACCGCAUCGCAUCACGGUGCGGACAUGGUCGAAUUUGAUGUGCAAUUAUCGAAGGAUCUUAUACCUGUGAUCUACCACGACUUUUACGUAUCCAUCUCAAUGAAACGUAAAAAGCAAUCAGAGGCUAUGGAUAUGCUGGAAAUACCCGUUAAGGAUCUUACUUUGGAGCAGCUGCAUCUACUCAAGGUUUAUCAUGUUGCCGAAGGCCGUGAAAAGAAUCCGAGAUUCUUCGAUGACGAUUUAGAAGAUCAUCAACCCUUCCCUACGCUGCAAACCGCACUCCAGGAAUUGGAGCUGCACGUUGGAUGCAACAUCGAAAUUAAAUGGAACAUGCAAUUGAAGGACGGCACGUUCGAGCUUAAUCAUCCCUUUGAUCUCAACAUAUAUCUAGAUAUCAUUCUGAAGGUGGUAUUGGAAUACGGAGGCAAUCGAAAAGUCGUGUUUUCCUCGUUCAAUCCGGAUAUUUGCGCGAUGAUCCGUCUCAAACAAAAUAAAUAUCCAGUAGUAUUUCUAACGCAAGGCGUUACAUUGAAGUAUCCCACUUACCACGAUCCGAGAUGCCAGACGAUACCGAUGGCCAUGAGACAUGCGUUAGCCGCGGACAUUCUAGGAAUUAAUGUCCACACGGAAGAUAUUCUUCGAGAUCCAUCUCAAGUCAAGUUGGUUAAGGACGCGGGAUUAAUCAUAUUUUGUUGGGGCGAUGAUAACAACGAUAAGGCCACUAUCCAGCAUCUGAAGAAACUCGGUUUACACGCAGUCAUAUACGAUAAAAUGGACGAAUAUAACCCAAAAGAAGUGAAGGAAAGUAUAUUCUUGGUGGAUGCUAGAGAAAGCCAAAAAGAGCUGAUAGCCUUGGCACAUUGCAGUCAAACGCCACAGACACAAAUCUCUACUCCUCUCAACACAGAGAAGGAAUAUUACUUGGACCGACCGUCGACGACCACAUCGCUCGCGAAGAACAAUGUAAUUAACGGCGAUAAUAUAUAUUCCGCACCGACCUUAGAAGCUAACUGCGAAGAAAACAGGGAGAUCAACGAGAUAACCAAGGAUUUCAGUACCUGUGCAAAUACUUUUGGCAACUCGGCGACAAAUACGAAAAAUGUCUCUGAUCUAAUGUGCGGACCGACUGCUCUACCUGAAAUUUACGGAGAGGAUGAGACCGCGAAGGAUUGCCUUUGAUGCUUUUCCUUCAAGAAGCCCUUCUUCUCAUGGUUUUGAUAGAGACGUAUUACUCUCAAUGGAGAGGAGUCUAUGCGAUGCGACGACAGGAAAAACUUGUUUUCUAACUUGCGCUAUAUUUGUAGCUGAUAAGCCGAAGUAUUACCGAGAUUGUUACUUUAAAGUAUAAUAUGCGAUACGCGAAGAAAAAUCAUCCGAUUUCUCUCUUACGAUGAUAUUCCUUUAAUCGGUCCAUUUUUCUCGCGUAUUGUACAGCAUGUGUCGGAAAAAUUUUAUAACCGGAAAAAUUUGUUUAAAAAUUUGAGAUCGAUAUUUCUUUAACGAGAAUAAUUUGGAGAUCAUAAAUAUGUUAUUUGAUUUAUGUAUCGGAAAGUCUAGAAUUCUCAAUCUAAAUACAAAGGAUUUCCAACAAUUUCGAAAUCUUAACAACAACAAAUAAACUUUAGACAUAUAAGACCUUCUAGACCUGUACAAAUUUUAAAAUUCAAUUUUUUAUUGGAUUCAAAAACUGAAAUAUAAGCUUUUACAAGGAUGCAUCAUGCAAAGAUUUAGAAAUUUAAGAAUCUAGCAAUUCGAAGAUCCGAAUACUUAAAACUAUAAGAAUCUAAAAAUAUAUAUAGUUUCAUUAAUAUAGUUUAUCAAUUAAUUAUCAGGUUACAUUUUCUCUAAUAAUAAAAAUCGAAUGCACGUUUCGGCGUAGUGUGUUUCCUAGUAUCCUGUAUGCAUCCUAAUACUUUCUAACAAGGAUCUUUUAAAUGCUAAUGAAUCCGACGCAGGCUGUAGAAAACGAUUCUAACUCCCGCGUAUCUACGCUCGUGACAAGGAGCUGGCGCGAGAGUUAUGUUUUUAGUACAAAUGUCUUCAGGUAUAUGUCUUUAUUUAGAAUUGAGGAAGAAACAAGAACAUUCUCUCCUUCUCUCUUCCGCUUUAUCGCUAUUCAAAUAUUAUAAUACGAAUCGAGAAAAAAAAGAAAAAACAGACAAAAAAAGCAAGUCCCUUGUACUUUACGAGAGCGCGAUAUCAUUAAUUGAUACAUUUUUUACAAGCUGUCGAACGAAAAAAAAAAUAUACAAAGGCGAGAGCGAAUGAUCGCGCCUCACUUUUUCGAAUUGCCUUUUUGACAGCGGCAUCUCACGUUUUAAGAUCGUACAGUAAACUAUUUUUCGUAGUUAGAUAGAAUAGGGGUAUUACUUCAUAUUCAUUUAUUUGUAUCGUUCAACAAUGUGGGACAAGGCGCUUUAUUCGAUCAAUGUGAGCAUGAUCGAAGAAAAUAAAUAAAAAUCUUUCAAAAAAAA